AUGGACGUGACUACACAUCCUGAUCUAGUGAUUGAUACGUACACACCACAUUUCUCAUGGAGAUUGGCUGAUGAAUAUGAUGAUGAUGGCCGUUUGAUCAGAGGAGUGCAACAAGUGGGUUAUCAUAUUCUCGUUCACGAUAUUGUUACUGGUCAACUCAUGUGGAAUAGUGAAUACGUGCACUCUUCAUCAUCCACACAGAUCCUCUAUGUAGGUGCACGAUUCACUUCGGACACACGCUACACAGUCACCAUUCGAUAUUUCACAGCACAACGAGAAAGUGAAUGGUACACAGCAUAUUUUCGAACUGCACUCUUUUUAGUCACGGAUUGGACAGGAGACUGGAUUGGCAGCAAUAAUAUCAAUAUGAAUCAAUUACGCAGAGUCACCAGUAUCAAACAGACCAGUAUUCGUUCGGCUACAGCUUAUAUCAGUGGCAUUGGUUAUUAUCAGUUGUAUAUUGAAGGAGCAUUGAUUGACCAGACGCGACGCUUAGAUGUUGGCUGGACUACCUAUCAACAACGUACACUCUAUACUUCGUAUGAUUUGACUGAUGUAUUUAAUACCAGCACUGGCCUUAUCGGUAUCGGUAUUGUUUUGGGACAAGGCUGGUACAAUCGGCAACAAUGGGCCAUCGGUCUCGGCGCACGCACUGAACUUGCCGAACAAUACGGUCCGCCUCGUGUGCUAAUGCAAUUGAACAUUGCUUACACAGACGGCACCAGUCAAUCCAUUGUUACUGACUCGUCAUGGUUAGGCAGAGAAGGUGAACAUCGUUAUGAUUCUGUUUACAUGGGCACGAUGAUGGAUUUACGAGCAACACGUUCUUGUUGGUCAUGUGCUAGUUUCACCGAUCCCUAUUCACUAUGGAUCAAUGCUUCUGUCCUCCCAUCUCCAGUGAAUUUUACAGCCGGCGGUCAGUUCUCUCUUCAAACGAUGAAUCCUAUCCGAAUUGGUCCCAACGCACUGCAUAUUGCUACUUCAGACCGCUCAGGACUCGUUGCUGGAGUUAACGGUGCUAGUCUUACGACUGGUGGUGUGCUCAAGCCCAUUUCUCAGGACUACGUCAAUGGACAAGUGUUCGAUCUUGGUCAGAACUUUGCCGGCUGGUGUAAACUGUCUUCUCUGAAGGCUGCUAAAUCCACCAUCAUCCAAUUGCGUUAUGCAGAAUUGCGUUACUCACGCGGUCAGAAUGGUAUUGAUUUUCGAGGAUUAUACUAUGAAAAUUUACAGAGUAUUGCCGUUAUGGAUACGGUGAUUUUGAAUGGAACAGGGAAUGAAACAUUUGAGCCCUUGUUUACUUAUCAUGGUUUUCGAUAUCUACUAGUCAAUGGUUAUGAUAACAUCUGCAAAGAUGACAUCGAAUGUUACAAUGCACAUAGUGAGACAACAUUAAUCGGAAAUUUUACUAGUAGUAGCGCUGUACUCAAUCAAAUUCAGCACAAUAUUUUAUGGUCACAAUUGAGUAAUUCCAUGUCUCUACCUACGGACUGUCCUCAACGAAAUGAACGACGCGGAUGGAUGGGUGAUGCUGGACUUAGCAUCGACGAAGUACUCUAUAAUUUCGAUUAUGUGGCUUUCUAUCUGAAUUUUCUGACUAUGAUCGCUGACAAUCAAGGAUCAGAUGGUGCCGUAAGUGACACAGUACCAUUCACGGUGGGCACUAGUCCCGCCGAUCCGAACUGGGGUUCGGCAUACGCGAUCAUCACUUGGUACUUGUAUGAUCAUACCGGUGAUAUCACCAUCAUCGAAAAAUAUUACAACGGUAUUCAAGCAUGGAUUGAUUGUUUGACUGGUCUAUACGAGAAAUCAGGAUUAGCCCACAUGUACUCUAAUUAUGGUGAUUGGGCAGCAGUUCAACAGACACGAAACGCUUCGCUUGUAUCUUCCUAUGGUUUUCUUAGCAAUGUGUACACAUUCAUCAAUAUGAGCCAAAUUUUAAACCAUACUGAUAAUGUUGAAAAGUACACAAAAUUGUAUCAGCAGUUGACCGACGAAUUCCAUCAUGUCUUCUACAAUACUACUAUCAGUGGAUAUGCAGACGGGAGCCAAACAGCAAAUAUACUUGCACUUGCUUUGCACGAUGUCGUACCAGCAUCGCUUCGAGCCACUGUGCUCAAUUCACUGGUCAGCAACAUUCUCACGAUCGGCUAUUUCACUGGAGGUAUCGUCAGUGUAGCCGAGCUGUAUCCUCUCCUUUCGAAUGAAGGACAUCAUGAUCUAGCUUUGAAACUUGCUCUAUCUACGACCUAUCCAUCCUAUGGCUACAUGUUUCAUAAUGAUAUACAAAAUGCUACGACCACUUGGGAACAAUGGAAUACACUUCCAACCCAAGCAGGAUCAUCGUUGAAUCAUCACAUGUUCAACAGUAUCGGGGCAUGGUUCUAUCGGUAUUUAGCAGGAAUCGAGUUAAAUGCUCUUAGUACGAUCGCUAUUUAUCCACGUAUGUCCUAUGAUGGCGAUCUCUUGAAUCAUGUCACAGCGGAAGUGGUCACCAUCAAAGGAUCGGUUCGAGUAGAAUGGACGCGAAUAUCAAUCGAGUCGGUAGCAUUGUCGGUGGCCAUCCCGAAUAACAUGGAAGCCAUUGUGUCAUUUGACGCAUUGAUCAAAAAUGGUCGAUGUAUGGAACUCAUAUGUGAUGAUGAAGUAUUGUGGAUGAGAGAACAUGUGAAUGAUGAGUUGAGAAUGUUGAAAAACGUUCGCGGACUGAGUGAAUUGACCGAAAAUCAGUCGACAGGCACAAUGUCAAUUAGAGUAGCAUCCGGCAACUAUACAUUCAUUGCAAGUUGGCGAUAA